GCGUGCGCAGAGCGCGGCCAUGGAGGCGCUUCGGGCCUGGCUCGUGCCGGGGCUGAUGCCCGAGAGCUGCUUCGAGGAGCUGGUGAUGAGGCUGCAGCCAAUGCACGUUCCCUGCCUCCGGAUCCUCGUGAGCAAAGUUCUCGGAUAUGGAAUCGUGGCCGGAUCCGUCCUGGUGAAGCUGCCUCAGGUGCUCCAGGUCCUUGGUUCCCGCAGUGGUUCCGGCCUCAGCAUCCCUGGGCUGUUGCUGGAGCUGCUGGCGCUGGUUGGGAGCGUGGCCUAUGGCUGCUCCAGAGCCUUCCCAUUCAGUGCAUGGGGGGAGGCUCUGUUCCUACUGCUGCAGACCAUGGCCCUCGGCUUCCUCAUACAGCACUAUGGGGGUCACACAGGAAGAGGGCUGCUGCUGGUGGCUUCCUAUUGGCUGCUCCUGGGGGCCCUCCUCUCCCCACAGGCCCCCCCCUGGGUCGUGACCUUCCUGCAAGGGGCCAACCUGCCCAUCAUCAUCCUCAGCAGGCUCCUUCAGGCAGCCACCAAUUACCGCCAGGGGCACACGGGGCAGCUCUCAGGGCUCAGCACAUUGCUGCUGUUCGGGGGGGCCCUGGCGCGAGUGUUCACAUCCCUGCAGGAGACCGGUGACCCCCUCCUGGCUCUCACCUUUGCCUCCUCAGCCGCCUGCAAUGGGCUCCUCCUGGGGCAGCUCCUCUAUUACCGGGGGGGGCACAGCCCCAAACCCCCCCCCCGGCCCAAGAUGGACUGAUCCGGAC